AUGAACUAUGAGAAAUUUGAAGAAAGUUACUUCGAGAUUCGGGCAGCUUUACUAGAUAAAUUGGAACCUACGUCGCUAGCUCCAAAUCUGGAUAAUUCAGGUCGGAAUGGAAGUGCAUUGGGUAUGCACACAGGAGUUCGGUUACCUCAAAUUUCCUUGCCGGAGUUUGAUGGGGAUUAUAAAGGGUGGCUAUCUUUUAAAUCAACUUUCGUUUCGUUGAUACACGAGUCUUUCGAACUCAGCGACGUACAGAAAUUUCAUUAUUUGAAAUCUGCCCUGAAGGGAGAGGCGGCGAAGUUAGUCGAAUCUCUUACCAUCACUAGUGGGAACUACACCAUAGCAUGGGACACCAUCACCAAGCGCUACUCCAACGAAUACCUAUUGAAGAAACGACAUCUGCAGGCGCUAAUGGAGUUUCCGAGGAUUGAAAAGGAAUCAGCCGGGCAGAUCCAUGGACUAGUGGACGAGUUUGAUCAUCGGCUCAAAAUAUUGAAACAGCUGGGCGAGAAUACGGACUAUUGGGGCGCGAUGAUUGUUCAUUGGAUGUGCUCCAAAUUGGACUCGCGCACGCUGCAGCUGUGGGAGGAUCAUGCAGCAUCUAUAAAGGAUCCCACGUUCAAGAUGUUAGUGGAGUUUUUGGAAAAACGUACCAGGGUUUUGGACGCUGUGCUAUCCAACACAAGCAACAGUUCGGUUCAACCCAAGACAGAAUUCAAGCGCGAUCGAGUGGCUGUGCAUGCUUCUACGGAGAGCGGAAAAGGGGAUAAUACUUGCCAGUGUUGCGGUGAACAGCAUUAUUUGGUGCGGUGUGUGAAGUUCCAGGGUUUCGGGCUGAAGGAAAAAUUGGACUUCGUCAACGGAAAGCGGCUAUGCAGCAACUGCUUCAAAGCGGGUCACUGGGUGCGUGAUUGCAACUCAAAAUAUAGCUGCAAGACAUGCGGGAAGAAACAUAACUCACUAAUUCAUCCGGGGUUUCAACCCAAUAGCGGUGGAAGCAAUAACAAUAGCGGAUCAAAUGGUAGCAGAUCAUCCAGCAAUGCCGGGAGGAAUGGUGACGCAGCAAAGACACACGUUGCAGCCGAAGCAGCAGAGGAAGUGCAAAUGGAAGCAGGUGAAGGAACUUCGGCAGGAUCGUACAGCGUAGGGACGAGGAAGGAUAUUUCGAGCUCCAAGGUUUUUCUGUCAACGGUGGUGGUAGCGAUUCGCGAUCAAAAUGGUGAGAAGCAGCUAGCACGGGCGUUACUGGACAAUGGAUCCCAAGUCAACGUGAUGAGCGAGCGGCUUUGUCAAAUGCUGAAGCUGAAGCGUCGGGCGAUUUGUGUUCCAAUAACUGGAGUCGGGCAAUCCGAAUCAACAGCGCGGCAUGCAGUCAGUACAAUGAUAAGUUCCAGAGUCACGGAUUUCUCCAUCGGUUUGGAUUUUCUGGUUUUGCAACGGGUGACAUCGGAACUUCCCUCGGUAACUGUGCCUAUAUCACAUUGGAACAUUCCUAGCGAUCUUAAGAUGGCGGAUCCUCAAUUUAACAUAAGCGGUCGCAUCGAUAUGUUACUGGGAGCAGAACAUUUCUUUACUUUCCUAAUCAACAAAGAGGUGAAAAGGAUGGUCUUGGGUCCAAAGCUUCCAAUACUAGUGGAUUCUGUUUUCGGGUGGAUUGUUUCUGGUCGGGAUGAAAGUCUUCAACAAAAUGGAUCGGUUCGAUGCUGCACGGCAACCACUACCGAAAAAAUAGAAGAGCUAUUGGAGAAGUUUUGGAAGGUGGAAAGCUGUGAUGAUCAACCUGCCUGGUCCAAGGAGGAACAAGACUGCGAGGAAGACUUCAAGCAGACGCAUUCCAGAACUGAAGAUGGUCGGUACGUAAUUCAGUUGCCGAAACAUGUCAAUUGGGAACGGAUGUUGGGAGAUUCGAGAGUGAUGGCGUUGGACAGGUAUCGGAAACUGGAGAAUCGUUUGGAUCGGAACCCUAGCAUGAAGGAACAAUACCACGCAUUUAUGCAGGAGUACUUGGAUAUGGGGCAUAUGCGAAGGAUAACGGAUGCGGAAUUACAAUCAGAGGCUAAUGCAAUGGAUCAACCGAAGGUGUUCUAUUUGCCGCACCACGCGGUUAUGAAAGAAUCAAGCACUACUACGAAAGUGCGAGUCGUAUUCGAUGCUUCGGCACGCACGGACAGCGGAUAUUCACUCAACGAUGUACUCCUGAAAGGACCUGUUAUUCAGGAUGACAUAUUGAAUCUCCUAGUUCGCUUCCGCAGGCAUCAGGUGGCGCUUGUGGGAGAUGUGGAAAAAAUGUAUCGGCAAGUACUUCAGGCCAUCAAUGACGCUCUUCGACUUCGGAUUUUCUUCCGGUUCACCAGGGAUGGUCCGAUACAGGUCUAUGAAUUGCUAACUGUGACAUAUGGACUCACGCCGUCAUCUUUUCUGGCAACUCGGGCUCUGACGCAGUUGGCUGAAGAUGAAGGACAGGAAGGAACAAAGGCUCGUCUCGCACUGCAAGAGGAUUUCUACGUCGACGAUUAUAUAGGAGGAGCAUCAAAUGUGGACGAAGCCAUCGAAUUACGAAAAAGUUUGACGUCAUUAAUGGCUAAAGGAGGAUUUCCAAUCCGGAAAUGGUGCUCAAAUAAACCGGAGGUUUUGUCCGGUCUACCUGAGGAUCAAUUGGGGACCAACCUCACGAUAACCUUUGAUUUGAAUCCCGAUGAGAAGGUUAAAACUCUAGGGAUAACUUGGGAACCUAAAGCAGAUCAACUCAGGUUCAUAUACAGUGUUGAAAAUGAAAAUGGCGAAUGGACCAGGAGGCGUAUAGAGUAA